AUAACCCUAACUCGGCUCCGCCCUUUACCCGGACCAGCCCCGCCACUCUGUAUUGCGGAGAGGGAUAGAAAAGGGGCGUGGCUUCUGUGAGGCCAUCAGCCAAUGAGCGCUGCAGGUCAGUGUGAGUGGCACCUGCGCUGGCCAAUUGGAGCGGGGCUCAGCGCUACGCGGGCUGCAGGAAAGAUGGCGGAGGCCGCGGCCGCCUCGGUGUAUGAGCAACUGAAGGAGCUGCGCUGCCCCCUGCUGGACGGAGUUUUCCUGCCCGAGCCCGGGGCGGCCCUGGGGCUCCUCUGCGCCCCCUCGGCCCAGCGCCUGGAGCUGCUGGCCUGGCUCUGCGCCCGAGCGAACCCCCCCCUCCAAGAGCAAUUCGCCACUCUCACGGAGUCGCAGAUGGAGGAGAAAACUCAAGAAAUGGCCAAACUGGGCUCCGACCUGCUGCUGUGUCGAUCAGACGAGCUUGAUCUCAUUGAGGGGGAGGCCAGUGCCGAGCGGCAGCUCCGGUUCAUGGAGCAGCUGCUGGAUGUGAUUCGGUACCUGGACGCCAUCACUGGGACGGACACCGGGGACUCGACCACCUCCAGCAGGGAGGAGUCGCUCCGGGGGGCCGCGAGGAAGAACGAGGAGUUCCUUCGCGAGGUCUUCUCCAGCCCCAGUUUGCCGGCCUUGCUGGCCCCCACCCUGCCCCCCUGCACCGCCGACAUCAAGCCGCUGCUGCUGGAGGAGCUGGCCCCGCACAUGAGGAGCCGGCUGUCAGGGAGAUCCAGUGGGAAGACGCUGGCUGAGCUCUCCAGGACCCUGGAGGAGGCAAACGCCGCACUGGAGCGGCUGAGCGCAGAGAGCUCCUCCCUGCAGGGGGACACGGAGCCCCUGGCCCCUGGCACUGCCCUGCAGACCCUGGCGCUGGCAGCCUGCGACUCACACCAGCUGAUGGCGGCCUUCAGGCAAGUGUACGAGACAGAGCUGCGGGAACACUGCGUCCGUGGCCCCGCCCCACGGCUCAGCCCCUGUGGUCCCCUGGCCCAGCACCUGCACCAGGCCCUCACCCUCUGCACCCAGGAGCUGCGGGCGCUGGCCCAGCUGAGCGACACCUCAGAGCAGGUGGUGCAGACGGUGGAGCGGAGACGCGGCGAGCAAGGCACCAGCCCCCCAGUGACACUGCGUAAGUUGCCCCAGAGCAGGCAGAGAACCCAGGCGUCCGGCCGGGGUUUGGGGGCAGCUGCUGAACUGAUGUGAAUUGUUUCUGUUCCAGCUGCGAGGAUGGAGGAGCUGCGUCGGUGCUACCAGGCCCGCCUGGCCGCUGCCGGUGGGCUGCCGGGGUGACCCCAGGACUGGGCUGGGGAAGGGGAGAAGGGUGGGGAGCUCCAGGGCCCCCAUCCCACAAGGGAGCUGCUGUCCCACUAUUCCUGGGAUAAUAAAAGAGUAAUUAAUUAUUAA